CACUCCUGGACUGACAUGUGGCUACAGCUCAGGAGGGUUCAGUUUCCACAUUUGACGGUGUCUGUGCUGCUUCCUGCGUGUAGCUCCGCCCCCUCUCACCUGGACUCCGUGUUGAACAACUUCAGCAGCUUCUACCUGAUCAGGAAGCUGCCGGUGUACGAGCUGUUGGACCGACACUUCCUGGAGACGGUCGUGUACCACGGUGCCGUGUUCGGUCUGUCCUACAGGACUCGCAUCGAUGAAGAUAACUGCGUCGCACUGAUGCCAAACGGUCACCUGACCCUCUCUCUGGACAAAGACUCGUUUGAGAUUUUGGGCUUCGAAGGGAAACCGUCCAGAUUCAAGCACAGAGCUGCCACCAGAUUCGUGGUAUCUGUGGAUCUAACUGACAGCAGCAUGGCUCCUGGUAGGCGGAGCUACCUGAGGCUCCUCACAGGUCUUAAGUCCCGCCUUCAGCUGCAGACCGACUUCCUGUUAUCGCAUCAUCCAGGGGGCGGGGCCUCUCUUCAGCCCCUCCUGUCUCGAUGUGAUUGGUCGCAGCACAGACCGGAGGUCAACUGCAGCGUUUUGAUGGACCUCUCCUGCCCCGCCCCCCGGUCAUGUGACCCUCACAGUUUCCUGGAGUGGCUCGGAGCCGUUGACGCUGGCAUCAGCUGCGAGAACUCGUCCAGCAGCUUCCUGUCGUCGUUUGUCUGUCCCGAACCGAGCACGAUACAUCGCCACGCUCUGAGCGUGUCCGUGAGCGGGAUGCUGCUGCCGCACGACAUCCACCGUCUGCUGCAGGAGCUCAGGCGUUACGUGGAGCAGCCUCGGCUGGCGUCCUGGGUGUCCAUGACGGUUCGCGGGUUUGCUGACAGCCCGGUGUCCUGGAGCAACCACGAGCACGGCUUCCUGAGGGGCGGAGAGAACUUCUACACGCUGACGAUGUUCCACGACCACACCUACCAGCUCCACCUCGCCACGGGAGCACAUGACGUCUGCCCGCCCUGACGCACUUGCGUACCUGUGCGCGGGCAGAAUCUCCUCUACUCUGAUUGGUUUCGUUGUAGAAACGUUUUGGUUAAAUAAGCUGAGCUGAGGCCACGCCCACUCGGAGACCCUGAGAAACGUGUCGAUAAAAUGUGCUUGAAUAAAGUCAGUCUGAUGUCA